GUUUUCUUCAAGUUUGUUGGUUGCCACCACCCUUCAGGAAAAUGCCGCAAAAAUAGCAAGCUUUCUUCUCCAAAUAUCUUCACAAUGGCUAGGGAUUACGACCACCUUUUCAAACUUUUAAUAAUCGGAGAUAGUGGUGAGUAAAAAGGCGUUGGCAUGUGGUUAAAAGACGUGUCCAUUGCUCCUGGAAUGAGCGAAGUUUGACACUCUUUACUCCCUUGUGGGUUGCUGCUGUUGUUUAUAUCAUUAUGCACUGUAUUUAUGUUGUAUUUUAUUGUAAAUCCCUUGUAAACUGCCUCAGCGCUAGCCCUUGUAUCACUCGGUGUCAUAAAUAGUUCAGAGUGCUUAGAUUAUUAUUUAUUUGUGUUGAUUUGCCAAACAGAAAGUCGAAUAUAUCCCAUUUGUUUGUUUGUACGGAAUCAAAUUAGUUCCACAAUUUGUAACAAAUGGGAUUUAAAAUACACGAUCUGAUAAUUCGUAGUUUUCCAUUGUCUUGUUUAUAGUAGUGUUAAUAUAACCUAAGCAUUCUAACGUUGGUCUUUUGACCACAGUAAAACUGAGAUCAAAAUUUUUAAACUUCAUUGCCACAGUUUACAAAGUAAUUCUUAAAAACUUUAUUAUUAUUCAUUAUAAAAAUUUGUGAUCAGUUAGUUUAACAUAACAUUUUUGUCUGCUGAUUUUGAUAUCUGAUAAAGUGACAAGAUAAAGUGAAGUAUAUUUGAUCUAGACAUUUUGACAUUUAUCAUUUUCUUUGUUGAUAUUUAUAUAGCAAUUAUGUUAAUUUAUAGCUAAUUUAUGAACUGCACAUGGACCUUGUGCACAGCAGGAAAAAAGAAUUUUCUUCCUGGGAGCACAACCUGGAGACAAAAAUUACCUGCAGACCAACGGAGUAUUUUUGUACUAAAUCUGUAUGUGCAUGAACAUAUAGUGUUGUAGCUGGGACCAUGGUUUUAAACUUAAGGAAUAAUGUCUGUCAACUAUAUGUUUUUGCGCCCAUAGUGGGAGAUGGUGUUAGGUUUCCUUCAAAUUUUCAAUAGCAAAUCUUGAUUCAAACGAAUUUCCUGCACCUGUUUAACAUUUCCUGCGAGCAGUGCUCCCGUGCUCGCCUAUUUUUUCCAUCCCUGACCUUGUGUACACAUACCCAUGUUUCACACACAAUAGGUUUAGGGAAGGGGUUGAAGAGAACAUGCACAAAACAGGAGGAUAUUACCCAAAUGCAUCUGGUUUCAGUAAUCGUCUGGUCAGAUCUGUUCAAAUUUGUCCAGUUUUUAAAUUGUGCAAAUUCAUGUAACAUGUCAUAUUUUCUCAUUCUAGGUGUUGGUAAAAGCAGUCUUUUACUUCGUUUUGCAGAUAACACAUUCACUGGUAAAUAAAUUUGACAUCUGUGUUGAUUAAAAUUUAACAUAUAGGAAGUAGAUGCAUCAGCCAUGUUGGUGUUGGAAUAUAGAGUGAAAGAUACAAGAUUCUUUUGUUGAAAUCCAUCCCCACCAUGGCGGUUGUGAUGUGCAGUUGACAUGUACAUUUACUAGUCCGCAUAAAACCAACUCAAUGUGUUGUUUUCUGCAGGUACAUAUAUCACUACAAUUGGUGUAGAUUUUAAAAUUCGUACGAUUGAAAUAAACGGCGAAAAAAUCAAACUACAAAUCUGGGACACGGCUGGACAGGAGAGAUUCAGAACUAUUACAUCAACGUGAGUAUUCCACCGGUUGUCAAUUCAUGUGGGGGAGGUUUGAUGUACCAUUGUUUCCAUCUAAGGAUGAAUUUUCAUGUUUGUAACAAACAUUUGAACAUUUCAGACACAGUUUGAAGAAAUUAAAACCUCUCAAAUGAUACUGACAUUACAAACAUGAAAGUUUCACAUGAGAAUAGACAACGUUUUUAUCUGUGACUGUUCAUCCCUAUACUGUAUACGACAUAACAUAUAAAUGUAUAAAACUGUUUUCAACACUAAAUACAUAUGGUCAAUUUCACCAGGUAUUACAGAGGGACUCAUGGUGUUAUAGUAGUGUAUGAUGUAACAUGUGCUGAAACAUUUGUGAACGUGAAAAGAUGGCUUCAGGAAAUUGAACAAAAUUGUGAUGACGUUGCUAGAAUAUUAGGUAGAUCAACCUAACUUUAUUUACAUUGAAUAACUCGUUAUUAAUUAAUUUAAACUGUUUACGCUAGAGGUCUAGCGAGGGUCAUUGCUUAUUGACCCAGUGUUACUGCAUGAGGAAAGUCAGGAAACCAGAGUACCAGGAGAAAAUCUAUAGUAUUUGGUAGAGUCUAGGGUUGGGCGAUAUUAAAAAAAUCAUCUCACGAUUAUUGUGGAGGAAAUUAUCGCGAUAUUCGAUAAUAUCGCGAUAAAUGCAAUAAAAUCAAUGACAAGUAAAACAACAAAUUAAAGUAAUAAGAAGGCUUUUUCUUGUCUAAUAUUUACUGUUCAUAAACCUGAACUGUCUAUGCAGUCAAUGAUGCAGUGUCUACUGUGUCUCCGCAGGCACAAAUGCCGUGGGCACACAGGCGCAAGCAAGGCAGCAAUUUGUCAAUUUCAUUGUUCAGCGGAUUAAUUACAUAAAUAUUAGCUUUUAUAUCGUAUUAAAUUCGUAUUUAAUUCAGGAAAUAGUUUUAAUUCUUUUAAAAACUAUAUUUUCUAUGAAUUGAAGGGAUUUUUUAGGAUUUUAUAAAAGCUACAUACACAUGCGAAGCAAUAUCACGAUAGUCAACGAGCAUGACGAUAAUUUCGAUAUAUCGUCGCUCAAGUGUCUACCUUCGAUACGAUAAUCGUGAUUGACAAUAUCGCGAUAAAUCAAAAUAUCGAAAUAUCGCCCAACCCUAGUAGAGUCAAACAGGAAACACACUUCUCACAAGUGACCAAAGUAAAAUUCACUAUUUUUGCAGUUGGUAAUAAAGAUGAUUGUCCGGAAAGGAAGGUGGUCGUCACAGAAGAUGCGGCAAAUUUUGCUGAACAGACUGGCAUCACAUUGUUUGAAACUAGUGCCAAAGAUAACCUUAAUGUAGAAUCGGUAAGUAUAGGUAGCUUUACUAAGCACUGCCCUGCAGUACCAGAUGGUGGUCUACCUGCAGUUCUCAGAGUGAAAAAAUAAUGUCAAUUCUUUCCAUAUUAAGUUCUUUAUAUGUUUGCAUGGCGAUAAAAUAUAAUUGUUUUUGUUUGUGGAAACACCACGUAAAUUUAUUACUGCAAAGCUUUCGAUCCGUAAGCCCGGAUCUUCAUCAGUGCUAGUAAUAUGUUAUUAACACCUUCGUUCACCAUACUUACCCGUUUGGAUGGUGAGGUGUUAGCCCGGGUGACCGAGGGGUGGCCUGGAACGACUACUGGUACUACUGUUACUUGGACUCGGGUUAAGAUCCAUGCCAGUGGUAUCUUGAGCAGACCACCCCCGCAGGGCUAACACCUUCACACCAAUUAACAAUUGGUGGAAAUAUAAAAGAACAGGAGAGAAAAAAAUAUCUUUGUUCCUAAUACGUUUACUACGCUUCCAACGCACAAUGAUUACUAAUACCACCAAUGCGCGACCAACCUCUUAUUACAUACUCGCCCGGCCCCCUUUUGGUCACAUGAUGUGCCGACGUAACGAGGCUUGGUUCCCUAGCUGUUAACCUUUGUUAUUGCAUAACCUCAUUUAUUAUAUUAUUAGCACUGAUGAAGAUCCGGGCUUACGGAUUGAAAGCUUUGCAGUAAUAAAUUUACGUUUACGUGGUGUUUCCACAAACAAAAACAAUUAUCUUUCCAUAUUAUCAUGUAUUAGUCUUGUAUUUAAAGGCAAUUACUUAGAUAAAGUUAAGAGAUGUACUUAGAUUUUCUUGCCCCUAUAAAGUGCUAAUACUGAAGAGAUGUAGUUCUUAGAAUGGCUAGUUAGUAAAUUGUGAUCCUAAACCCAAAAUAUUUUGCUUAACUCUAGGUGUUUGUAGAUAUAACAAAGAACGUUCUUGCCAAACGAAAGGAACAAACAAGAAUGACAGAACAGUCUGGAAUAAAACUCAAAAAAGACAAAGAUAAACGCAAAAAGAAGAAGUCACGGUGCUAAAAAGAUAACCCACAAUACCUACUUGUUCAGCCACAAAUGCUCUGGGAACAUUGUUUCAUGUCCUAGGAAAAUAGACAUAAAAACACUGUACAUGUACAUAAAGAAUAUUGUAUUGUCAUGUUUUAUUAGUCAGGAAAAUAUUCGAGAUGAAUUGUCCUGUAUGAUAGCAUUGCAGAUGUAAUACAAAAUAAAUUGUGAAUGAAAGUUCCAUCAGGAUUUGAGAAGAAGUAUUGUACAUUUUAAAUGUGCAAGAUUGCGAAAAUCAGUCCUCCUCUUGUCUUUUUCAAAUAAUUUGUUUAUGAUGGGACUUUUAUUAAUAUUCACAGUUUGUUUUGUACUGUCUAGAGGCAGUGGAUAGCAGUACAAUACAUGAGAUCCCAUACAUUUCUGUCGUCUUUUUGCUCAAUUAAAAGAGAUAGUUUGAAAUUUGACUUUUACCAUAUGCAUAAUACAUCUACAGUAAAAUAUUCACCAUUUGCCAAUAUUAAAUUCCAGUAAAUUAUCUGAGAAAAUUCUUGACAGUUUCCAGAAAUUCUUUAGGUUUGUCAGCAUGCACAAAGUGCCCUGCACCUGGUAUCAUCUCAAGCUGGGCAUUUGGAAACAUUUUUCUCAUUUCAUUCAUGUCGACAUUUCUGAAUAAAAAGAACAAAAUGUUUCUUCACAAAUGAAAAUAAAUUGCCAUUUAAAUAUCUACAAUGAUACACAAUAUAACAAAGAUAUUGCUUGCUUAGGUUAGGAGUAAUUUAACAAGCAUAGUAGCCAAGUACAAAUUAGCCUGCGAACAGGCCCUGGGUUGCGGGCGGCGCGAAGAAUAGAGGGCCUGCACGGAUGAUAGGUUUUCUUGGUAGUGGCGUUCGUAUAGAAACGCAGGCUUCUGAUUGGCUUACACUCGUUGACAAAAUUACUAAAAAUAGCAAAUGUCAACAACAGCAUUUUGAAGAAUUUGAACUUUAUUCAUUUUAAUAUUAUAUAUUAUAGGACUAUCGAACAAAUAAAACUAGAAGUGGAGACCAAAAGCAAUAGCAAAGCAUCACAGCAAAAAAGUCUAUCAUAAAUGACUUGAAUCUAUCGCUUAAAUCCAAUAUACGAAACUAUAACAGUAUUCUGAACUUCGUCUUCGGAUUGACAUCAGACUAUACUCACUAUAGUAUAGUAC